CGUAAGCCUUGGGUUCAGUUUGACCACCAUUUACAACCAGGCAAAGCAAGCUUAGGGGGUGUGGCCCAUACAAUGUUACCAACCCUUCCCUCUUUUCCCCCUUUGUUGGGGUGAUUUGCAGGGCUUAUUGUAUUUAUUGUAUAUAUUUUGUGUGUGCAUUUCAGGGCGAAUAGGAUAUUAAGUGUAAACAUGUUUUUUGUCAGCAUUAAGUACAUUCACCUCUACUAUUCACAGUUUAUUUUAAUUGCACUUAUAGUUAUGCUAUCAAUAGCGCUAUGCAUAAAAAGACCCAUAUAAGUAUUAUACAGCCCUAACAAUCAUAGCAUUUAGCUAUCAAAGGAACAAUUAGCACCACUGUCAAGAGCUGAGAAGAUACUGAAACCAUCUCCUGUGAAUGCUGUGAUACAGAGAAGCAAUUGCAUAGCAGCUAUUGACUUUGGAACAUCAUCACUAUCAGUAGCAUAUACCACUCCAACAACAAGAAGCGAUUUGCAAGUUCUGCCACUUCACAGUACACUGGAAAGGGUCCCAAACUCAAUACUAAUUACUAUAGACCAGGAGAACCAGCAGUACAAAGUCAUUGGGAUUGGACUUCAAGCACAGAAUAUGUAUAGUGAUAUAAAGAAAAAUGCCAACAACUUCAUUUAUUUUGAAAGAAUAAAGAGUUUACUAGAAAGAGAUAAAUUAGUAGAUUAUACAAAUGAGGUCUCUUCAUUCACUGGUGGAUCUUAUUAUCUUAUUGAAGUUAUAGCUUUUACACUAAAACAUCUCAUGGAGAAGCUACUGACUGAUCAUCUGAAAGGAGUCUACAAGUCAACUGAUUUUGAUUGGGUCAUUACUGUCCCUGCUAUAUGGAAAGCAAGAGCAAGAAGAAUGAUGAGAGAAGCUGCUUAUAUGGCUGGCCUGACUUCUGAUGGUCCUGGUAUAACUAAGUUCACUCCAGUUGGUUCUCCUUUACCACGUCCAGAGGAGGUUAAUCCUGAGAAGCUAUCAUUAGCUCUAGAACCAGAAGUAGCUGCUAUAUAUGCACAGCAUCAGUCAGAAGUAUCAGGAAUGCCUCCACAGAGAUAUAUGGUAGUUGAUAUAGGAGGAGGUACAGUUGAUAUUACUGUACAUGACAAGAGUAAUGGGAGAAAUAGUGUAGUAUUACCACCAAUGGGUAACACUUGGGGAGGAACAACCAUCAAUGAAGCAUUAUCAACAUUACUGGAAGAAAUAGCAAAAGACAAAGGUUUUGUGUCUUUUUUCAAGUCCAAUCCCACAAAUGCCAAAGCUACAUUAAAUAAGUUUUUCUACGAAGAGUUUGAAAAGCAUAAAAAAAUAUUUGGAGAUGCAACUGAAGGCAUUCAUGAAGUAGCACUGACGUUGCCACCAUCCUUUGUGAAAUUUUAUGGCAAUAAGAAACUUCGUCAAGCAAACAAGAUGAAUAUGCAUUAUGAUCCAGGAGAUAAUUCAUUAAGCAUAGGAUAUCAUCUAUUAGAAGAGAAGGUGUUCCAAUUAACAAUAGACAAGAUCAUAGAGUGUGUGACAGCAGCAUUUGAUGAGCUAACAGAUCAUAUUGAUACAAUUUAUCUAGUAGGAGGGUUUGGAGGGUGUAGGUUUGUUAGUCAAAAGAUAGAAGAAGGUAUUGCUCAGCAUCGUGGCAUGCUUUAUGAUAAUAUAGUGUGUCCUCAACAUUCAGAUCUUGCUGUUGUAUUAGGAGCAGUAAUGUGGAAGAAAGAUCCUAACAUAAUCCAAUCACGUGUUGCUGAUGCUACUUAUGGGACAAGUGUUACUUCUUUAUUUGAUCCAUCAUUACACGAUGAAUAUUACAAGUAUAUACACGAAGAUGGUAAUUUUGGUAAACAGUGUUGUAGUGAUAUUUUAAAAGUAUUUGUACUUAAAGGAGACAUUAUAAAGAAUGAAGUAUAUAAAGCUACAUUUAUACCUGGUUAUCAAAGUUACAAACAAGUUAAUAUCUCUAUAUAUUGUACAACAGAUGAUGGAGUUCAGUAUGUAAGGGAUAAGGAAGGUAAAACAACAGUACAUAAGAUUGGUAAACUGGUACUUGAUAUUCCUAACCCUGAUAAUAUACCAAGGGAGGAGAGAGAGUACGAUGUAUAUAUGGAUUUCAGUGGUACAGAGAUACAAGCAAGGGCUCAGUACAGUAUCACUGGAGAAGAAGUGAAAACAGUUUGUGACUUUUUAUCAAAACAUGACUGAUAACAAUAACUGUAGUUUAGAGUAUUAGUAUUAGUACUAAUAUAGACUUUUAUGUGCAUUUUG